UCGUGCCUCAGCCUGCGACCCCAAAAUGGCGGGUCGGGGUACGGUCUUGGGGCGCUAGAGGCGUCGGGCCUGGGACUGAGCUUCCAAGGCCCCCGCGCUCCCGGAUCCCGGCGUCUCGGCGCGCCGCUCGCGGGGCCUCGGGCUUGCCCGCCACCGGCCCCGGGGGCCCGGGAACCCGGACCUUCCUUCCUCGCCGCGGCGGCGGGAGGCGUGGUGACUUCAGAGCCGGGCCCAGAAAGAGGGAAGUGGCGUCCACGGAAGCCGGAGCCGGGUGGAGCGCCCUCGGGUCAAAGUUCCACUCAUUGGUUUUGUACCAAGCCUGACAAGGCCACAGUUGUCAAAGGUGGCACCAGGAGGAUGUCACACGUAGGAGUAAAACUGUUGCUGGAGCAAAUGAUGAUGAGACAUCUGAAGGUGGAUGCCUGCUUGUACCCACACGCAGAGGCUUUGUGGGAAACUAAGGGGUCUGUGAAAGAGAGCUCCAGUCAGAGUAAUAAAUCCAGCCCAUACAUGGACAGUCUUGGUCCUGAGAGCGCUCGCCAGUACUUCCGGAGCUUCUAUUAUCAUGAGGCACCUGGACCGCUUGAGGCUGUCAGCCAACUGCAGGAGUUAUGCCAUCAGUGGCUGAGGCCAGAGAUCCACUCCAAAGAACAGAUCUUGGAACUGCUGGUGCUAGAGCAGUUCCUGACCAUUCUGCCCAGGGAUAUCCAGAACUGGGUGCAGAAGUACCAUCCACAGAGCAUCAGAGAGGCUGUGGCCCUGGUAGACCGCUUUCACAGAGAACCUGGUGGAAUGAGUGAUGAGGUCACAGCCCAUGAGCUGGGAAAGGAGGCAGUGCUCUUGGGAGGAACAGCAGUGGCCCCAGGCUUUAAGUGGAAGCCGGCAGAGCCCCAACCAGUGGCUGUGUUCCAGAGAGAAUGUUGGAAUACAUGCCGGGUACUGCAAGAACAGCUGGGCUGGAAUACUCACAAAGAAACCCAGCCUGCAUAUGAAAGAGCUAUGCCUGCUCAACAGAUUCUAGCCUUUUCUGAGCAGCAAAGCACCCCAAGCUGGAGGAUGGCAUCUGAGCUCAUCUUGCCUGAGUCCCAGAGUCAGUUGACAUUUGAAGAUGUGGCCGUGUCUUUUACGGAGGAAGAAUGGCAAUUACUGAACCCUGCUGAGAAGAUCUUCUACAAUGAUGUGAUGCAGGAAAACUAUGAGAAUGUCGUCUCUCUAGGGUUAAAGCUCAAAAAUGACACUGGAAAUGACCAACCUAUAUCUCUUUCUACAUUAGAAAUACAAGCAUCAGGAUGCAGAGUAUUAAGAAAGGCCAGAAUGAAAGUUGCCCAGAAAACAACGGGCAAAGAGAAUCAUGGUGGUACACACAGGGUACGGAAACGGCAUCGAGCUUUCCCAGGGAAGAAAAGAAAGAAACUUAGAACUUGUAUACAAGAGCUUCCAAAAUGUAUGGAUCUUCAUGGGAAAGGCCAGGCAGGAGAGAAACCUUUUAAGUGUCAGGAAUGUGGGAAAAGCUUUAGAGUUAGCUCUGACCUUAUUAAGCACCAGAGAAUUCACACUGAGGAGAAACCCUAUAAAUGUCAACAAUGUGAUAAGAGGUUUAGAUGGAGUUCAGAUCUUAAUAAGCACUUACUGGCACACCAAGGAAUAAAACCAUAUAGAUGCUCAUGGUGUGGGAAAAGCUUUAGUCAUAACACAAAUCUACACACACACCUAAGAAUUCACACAGGAGAGAAACCCUUUAAAUGUUAUGAAUGUGGGAAAAGAUUCAUUCAGAACUCCCACCUUAUUAAACACCAGAGAACCCACACAGGUGAGCAGCCUUAUACUUGUAGCGUAUGCAGGAGAAAUUUUAGCAGGCGGUCAAGCCUUCUCAGACACCAGAAACUCCACAGGAGAAGGGAAUCGUGUCCAGUGUCUCCAGUCUGAAGAAAGUCACCAUCUAGAGGUGAUGAAAGAGUGCAAAAUGCCUCGCGGGGCCCACAUCCCCGUGCAUCCUGACCACUCACAUCAGCCCUCAUCAUCUCAGAAAAAGGAGAGACUUGGGCACUAAGGGAGGAAACGGCAGGAGGGAAUGAAGGGCAGAUGUCAUUCUGCUUCAUACUCGCCCGUCACCUCCCCAGCAUGUGGCUUAGGAGAACUCCGAUGCUUUUCUGAGGACACAACAGGAAGACAUCACACAAAAGCCUGAGGGCUGGAGACGCAGGCCGGAUAUUCAUUCAGGGGACCAAGUGGAGAGACUUCAGAUCCCACAGGCGGAGAUGGCACCGAGGAGACGACAGCUGACCUGAGCCAGGUGUGAGGAGUGUGGCCUCCUAUCCCCACCCCUGUGCUCCUGCCCUCAGUACGCGAGGGACAUCAGGGAGAGGAUGGGCUGAGCAAAGGAUGAGAAAGGAGCCAGGAGAGCAGAGGGCAGCAGUCUUGCGUACUCCAAUCAGUCUGCAUGUGUGAUGCCUGAGGUUGGGAGUCCAGGGCUCGGGGAGCAGAGGGCCGGUGCCCGCUGUGGCCAAGGCAGGAGGGCCUGUCCGCGUGUCCAGGCCAGUUCGUGCAGGACCCAGCCCUUCAGCUUCUCCCUCCCAGAAAACAGCAAGGUGGCUGCUACUCAGGAGCCUGUGGGGGUCCCUUCCAGCCCUUCUCCCACCCCCAGCAGCCUCUUCCUCCUUCACUGCCUCGCUCCUUCGGCCAUGGCCCCGCUGCCCCACCACAGGGACUGGAACAGGCAGACAGCCCCGGGGAGAGAAGGAAAAAGGAAUCAUGGUCUCCUCUCCUCUUUGUCAGGAGAUUUAAAGGCUCUCCUCGCUCCCUCCUCUCUCUGUUCUUCAAAAAACAUUAAAUGUUAGGUUGCUGGCCACGGUAAUGACCAUGUGGGGCAGGGUUGGGGAAGCUGUUCCCAAUGUAAAGGAGAGGAUCCCUGCCAAAGUCUGUCCUGGGCUCAGCAGUCGGACACAGUCGCUGCUAAGUCCUUCCAUUCCCAGGACCAUCUUUGCCUUUCUUCCCUCCCUCUGUGCCGCCUGCUCCUCACUACCAUCGUGAGUCCAGGCAAGGGUCGCAGCUGUGGACGAAGGGAUAGGGAGUCAGGGAAACCCUCCCGAGGAUCAACAGUCAUGAGCGUGUGAGGGGGAGAGGGCGGGAGGCGAGGUGAGAGGAGCGGCGGUGAGCACCUGUCACCCUCAGAUCUUCUGGACAACCCAGGGAAAGGAGGGAGGGAGGAGGCCAGGCCAGCUUCUGGCAGCAGUUCUGUUCCAGAGUUGGGAUGAAGUAGAGAGGAAGAGCCAGGAAACGCCAAGAAAGGUUUCCCUCGUCCCUCCUUAGGCUCUGGUAUCUCCAUGUGCGACUUGGAGGGACAAGAAGGAACUGACUCCAACCCAAGGGCUGCAGACACCUCAGAGGAACUCGAGUUUGGUAGCAGAAGAUUGCAUGGCUGAGAGCCUUCUCUCUUCGGGUAGUACCACAUAUCUGCCGCCCCCAGGCCUCCCUUGGGGAGGCCCCCAGCUUCCCUAAAGGGUGUUAUUGUGGGUUUUCUUCUUCACCUCGUGCCCCAUUCCCUGGAAUGUCAGCACCUUAUCUGGGGGGCAUUCCCCCUUUGGAGCUGGUGCAGGAUCUCACGUAGAGUAGAGGUAGUAUGGGUGUAAGCUAUCUGCAGAUUAUGUGUACGUGAGAAGUAAAUCUAAAGGGAUAAAUGUAACCUCCUUACCAAGACUGAAAAAUAACCAUCUCAACUCUAUAUAUUGUUUGCUUUUAAAAUCCUUGUAAUAGCAGGUAAGCGGGAAUGUGAGCUGAGAAAACCACAACAGCGUAGGGCAGUCUAUGUGGAUAACACUAUGCUUUGUCCAGCCCUCACUCCCACAGAUCCUGACACAGUGGGUGAAACCUUCCUGAAAAUUAUCCUCAAGUCUGGCUCAGUGGACACAGACCUACCCAGGACCAGGCUCCUAAUGUAAUUGUGCAAAGACUCUCCCCCUCCCCGCCAAAGGGAUCCAAAGCCUUUCCACCUGUUGUGCUGGCAAGGGCCCCUCUGGGAGCUGAGCGUACCCAUGGGAUAGAUCAGCACACAAAACAUAUAUCUUUCCUUCAGUGGUCUUUGACAAACCCAGGAAGCAAGGCUUCCUUAUCUAGGUUCCAUGGAUGAUUUCAAAGGGCCUUCAAAAUUUUGAGUAUGUGGGCCUUUGUCCAAGAAGCUAGCCUGUACCUUUUUGGAGUUUAUCAAAAGUCUUCGUGGCCCCCAAGCAUUUAGGCACAAUUAUUGCUGCAAUUACUCAAUGCUGUGUCCCCGACUCCCUUAGGUGUUGUAGUGCAUCAGGGCUGAAAGGGACCUUGGAAAAGCUGUGGAGACUAUGCCCCUGGUUUUACAGAAGAGGCAACUGGAGCUUAGGGGGUUUCCUUUCCAGGGCCUUGAGGCAGAGAGGGGAUUGGAAUAGAGUCUCCCAAGCCCCAGGCCUUGAGACGAAGGUCCCUCUCUCCACACAAAACAAUACCUUCACCUCUUGGCAGUAGCAUCUCAGGAAGUGUCAUCACUUCAAAUUGUGAUCUCUUGGCUGUCCCCCAGGGGCUAGGAAUUCCUUUUUAGUGAUGGUCUGUUCCGUUCUUGGGGGGCUCCAAACUGUAUUCUUCUUUCAAGAUAACCCUUCAGGCAGGGAUUCCACUCCUGCGCUCUUUAAGAAAGGGCUUCCCUGUUAACGGGCUGCUGUGUCCUCCAAAAGUACUUCUAGUCCUUGUACACACACUGUGACCAGAAAAUCAUCCCCAUUCUUAGGCCUGAAGGGAUCUGGGACUUGUAGGAGAGUCGUGGGAAAAGCUGGAAGAGGGGCAUGUCCCUGGAGAGGCAGACUCUCCUCCAAAUCCCCUUCUCAUUUCUUUCUUUCUUUUUUUUUUUUCUGGUUGGCUUGCAGGAUCUUAGUUCCCUGACCAAAGAUCAAACCCAUGCCUUCUACAGUGGAGUCUUAACCACUGGACCACCAGAGAAGUCCCUCACCUCCUUCUUUCUGUGCUACAUAUUCAUUACUUGUCCUCCAGCACUGUGGUCACCAAGUCACUCUUCCAUUCAAUUUUCAGCAGCUCCCAUAUCAUUGAAGUCCCACUUACUGCUUUGGCUCAAGGCCCUUCUAGAUCACCCUGGCUCCACGUGAUCACCAACACUCUCUCCUCUCUCCCGCCUCACAAACCGUUGCUGCUGAACCAAGCCGUUAAUCUGUCUUCAAUUAUUCUUUGCUUUUAUCCCCAGUAUUGCCUCCUGGCCUGUUCAAACUCUACCUUCAACACCACGUCCCCGCUUCCUCCUUCUAGCUCCUCCCCAUCCCCCAACUCACUCCAUAUUGACUGUCCUUUCCUCUUAGAACAGUAUUUAAAAACCCAGAUUUCGCUAAAACACUGAUUGCUGGGCCUCACCCCUAGAGUUUUUACUCCAGUUAGCCAGGGGUAGGGCCAGAAAACUGGCAUUUCCAGCAAGCUCCCCGCUGUGAUGUUGACAUGCCAGCAAACCCACUUUGAAAACUACUGCCUUAGAACAGGGCUCAUGCACUUUCUCCUGAGGGCAGAGGUUGUCUUGGAAGCUUAGUAACUCUAUCAGAGGCUGGCCCAGGGCUGGCUAGCAAUUGAAACUCCCUGAACAUAUGGGCCUGAGCACUUCAGGGUUAAAUGUGUUCUUUUAUAAUUAAUUAAUUAAUUAAUUAAUCGGCUGUGUUGGGUCUUCCUUGCUGCGCGUGAGCUUUCUCUAGUUGCAGUGAGCAGGGGCUACUAUUCAUUGUGGUGCACGGGCUUCUCAAGGCAGUGGCAUCUCUUGUUGCAGAGCAUGGGCUCUAGGCACAUGGGCUUCAGUGGUUGCAGCACGUGGGCUCAGUAGUUGUGGCGUACGGGCUUAGUUGCUCCAAGGCAUGUGGAAUCCUCCCAGACCAGAGAUCAAACCCGUGUCCCCUGUAUUGGCAGGCGGAUUCUUAACCACUGUGCCACCAGGGAACUCCCUAAAUGUGAUCUUAAUCUGCACUUUAUUCUCAUUCAAUUGGCGAAUCACUACCAAAAAUCAAGUGUGGGUAUGCUUUUCCAUGUGGUCUCUGAAUUUUGAGGCUUCCAUGCCUGUCUCCCUAAUCUCACCCUCUGUUUCAGUCUCGUGGACUGCCAGCAUGGCCUCCCUGGGUAGGAAACCUGGGAAAUGUUCCUGAACCUUUCUCUGCCAUCUGCUUCCCUGGGCCCUCAAGAAUUGGUUACCUGUCUCCUCUACUAGCUGUCUGUCUGCUGGCCCUUUGCAACGCAGCCUGCCCAUCACGCUGUCCCCUCUGGAAGCUGACCUUGGCAGAGGUCACAGAGCAGCCUGAAAUGAUGUAGUGGGGAAGUGGAGGGGCCUGCUUCUCUCCAGGGAGAUUCACCUUUCUCUGAGCACCCCUAACUCCUUCCUCAUUUUGGAGAUGAGCAGGGGCUGGAACCACCCAGGGCCCCAGAGGUGGACUUGAUGAUUGGGUCAAUAAAGUAGACCCUACACCUUUGCACAGGCUGGUCCAAAGUCCUCUGAGAAAGGGGGACACCCUCCAGAAGUUUGGGGGCGCCCUCAUCUCUGAGGCCUGCAGCUCCCCAGCCCCUGCCAGUCAGCAGAAGCCUGGGUCCUAGAGGCACAGGGAGUCCUCUUGGAGAUGCAGUCUGAGGAGCUACCUCUGAGGAAUUCUUUAGUCCAACAGGCUUCAAACCAAGGUUCACUUGCACCAGGGGGCACACAGAGACUGUCCAAGGGAGACUGGGCACAGAUAGUUUUAAAGGAAUCUAUUUCCAAAUCCUUAGUUCUAUAUAUUUUUCUUCCUAAAACUGAUCUGGGGAAACCCAAAGGGUGGUAUUCCAUUCCCACCUCCCCUUCAAUGCAAGCCUCCCACCACUCUCCCCGACACUGACCUCAGCAUGGCACCUUGCCCCAGAGUAAAACAUGUCUGAGGAGCCAAAGGGGCUUCAUUAUUAGUGCUGUUGGAGUCUUGGUGAAGAAAUCAUUGCCUAUCCCAAGGUCAUGAAGAUAUUUUCCUAUGCUUUCAUUUACAAGUUGUAUUAUUUUACUUUAUACAUUUAGAUCUAUAAUUCAUCUGGAAUUGAUUUCUUAAACAAAAUGUGGCAUAUCCAUUCAAUGGAUAAUUAUUCGGCCAAAAAAAAAAAAGAAUGAAAUAUUGACACAUGCUAUAAUAUGAAUGAACCUCAAAAAACAAUAUGCUGGACUUCCUAGGUGGCGCAGUGGUUAAGAAUUCACCUGCCAAUGCAGGGGAUACGGGUUCGAGCCCUGCUCCAGGAAGAUCCCACAUGCCGUGGAGCAACUAAGUCCGCGUACCACAACUACUGAGCCUGUGCUCUAAAGCCCGAGAGCCACAACCAUUGACCCUGUGUGCCACAGCUACUGAAGCCCACGCGCCUAGAGCCCAUGCUCCACAACAAAAGAAGCCACAACAAUACCCGCGCACCACAAUGAAGAGUAGCCCCUGCUCUCCUCAACUAGAGAAAGCCCGCGUGCAGCAACAAAGACCCAAUGCAGCCAAUAAGUAAAUAAAUAAGUAAAUAAAUAAAUAAAAUUUAUAUUAAAAAAACAAUAUGCACAAAAUCAGGCACAAAAGGUCACAUAUUAUAUGGUUCCAUUUAUAUGAAAUACCCAGUAGAGGUAAAUCCAUAGAGACAGAAAGCAGAUUAGUGGUUUCCAGAGGCGGGGAAGGCUGGGAAGACUGAAGUUUGGGCUGAUGAGAAUGUUUUCAAAGUUGAUAGAUAUGAUGGAUGCACAAUAUCGUGAAUGUACUAAAUGCUACUUAACUGUACAUUUGUUUUGAGGUCCAUCUGUGUUGUAGCAUGUAUCAGGUUUUCAUUCCUUUUUAUAGCUGAAUUAGCUUCCAUUGAAUAGAUAAACACAUUUUGUAUCCAUUCUUCCACUGAAGGACAUUUGGGUUAUUUUCAUCUUUUGGCUAUUGUGAAUAGCACUACAUGAACAUUCAUGUACAAGUAUUUGUUUGGAUGCCUGUUUUCAAAGUAAUUGAAAAUGCCAAUUCUUUUAGGUAUGUAGAUAAGAAUAGAAUUCCUGGGCCACAUGGUAAUUGUAUGUGUAACUUCUUGAGGAACCUUCAAAUGGUUUUCCACAGCAUAUACACCGUUUUACAUUCUCACCAUCCAAGUACAAGGGUUCCAAUUUCUCCACCUCCUCACCAAGACUUGUUAAUGUCCAUUUAUUUUUCAUUAUACUCACCCUAACGGAUGUGAAGUUGUAUAUAUCAUUGUGGUUUUGAUUUAGGUUUCCUCAGUGACUAAUAAUUGAGCAUCUUUUGAUGUGUUUGUUGGCCAUAUGCAUGUAUUCUUUGAAGAAAUGUCUAUUUGAGCCCUUUACCCAUUUUUUAAAUUGGGUUAUUUGUCUUUUCAUAGUUUAAUGUAAUAGUAGUUCUUUAUACAUUCUGGAUACUUGAACCUUAUCAUAUAUAUGAUUUGCAAAUAUUUUCUCCCAUUCUGGAGAAAUGCAUCAGUUUCUUGAUGCACAAAAGUUUUUACUUUUACUGAAGUCCUAUUCAUUUUUUUUUUCUUUAGUUGCUUAUACUUUUGGUGCUAUAUCUAAAAACCAUUGCCAAAUCCAAGGUCAUGAAGAUUUGACCUAUGUUUUCCUCAGAAUUUUUAUGUUUUAGCUCUAACAUUUAGGUUUUUAAUCCAUUUUGUGUUCAUUUUUGUAUGUAUCGUAAGGUAGGGGUCCAACUUCAGACUUUUCAUGUGGAUAUAUUAAUACAAUUGUCCCAACACCAUUUUUGGAAGAGCCUAUUUUUCCUCAUUGAAUGAUUCUGACACCCUUGUCAAGCAUUAGUUGACUGUAGAUGUAUGGGCUUAUUUCUGGACUCUCAAUCCUAUUUCAUUUGUCUAUAUGUCUAUCUUUAUGCCAGUCCCACAGUGUUUUGAUUACUAUAGCUCUAUAAUAAAUUUUGAAAAAAUCAGAAAGUGGGAGUCCUUCAAUAUUGUCCCUCUUUUUCUAGGUUGUUUUGGCUAUUGGACAUGUCUUGCAAUUCCAUACGAAUUUUAGGGUUGGCUUUUCUGUUUCUUCGAAAAGGGUGGUUGGAAUUUUGAUAGGGAUUGCAUUGGAUUUGUAGAUUUCUUUUUGUAGUAUUGCCAUUUUAUCAAUGUCUUUCAAUCCAUGAACACAAGAUGUCUUUCCAUUUUCUAGGCGUUUAAAAAAUUUUUUCAGCAAUGUUUUGUAGUGUUUAUGAUCCAAGUCUUAUACCUUCUGCUUAAAUUUAUUCCAAUGUAUUUCAUUCUUUUUGAUAUUACUGUAAGUGGAAUUAUUUUCUUAAUUUCUUUUCAGAUGGUUCAUUGCUGGUAUAUAGGAAUACAACUGAUUUUCGUGUGUUGAACUUUUAUCCUGCAACUUCACUGAAUUUGUUUAUUAGUUCUAUAGUUCUUGUGUGUGUGAGUUCUUGAGGAUUUUCUAUAUAUAAGAUCAUAAAAUCUGUGAAUAUAGUUUUACUUCUUCCAUUCUAAUUUGAAUGGUGAUUUAUUUUAUUUAUUUAUUCAUUUAUUUAUUUUCUUUGCCUGAUUGCUCUGGCUAGAUCUUCCAGUACAAUAUUGAAUAGAAGUGGUGAAAGCAUGCAUCCUUAUCCAUUUCAUCUUGGCUGUCUAAUUUGUUGGCAAUUAUUCAUAGUAUUUUCUUAUAAUCCUGUAUGUUUUUGCAAGGUCCUCACUUUCACUUUUUAUUUUAGUGAUUUGAGUCUAUUCUCUCUUUUUCUUAGUCAUUCUUGCUAAGUGUUUGUCAAUUUUUGUUGGUCUUUUGAAAGCCUGGCUUUAAGAGAAACAGAAGAGAGAGUUUGAGUGAGUCUGGAAUCUUUCAACACAUGCCUUUUGCUUUCUCCUACUGAAUUUUUAAUUUUCAUGAAGUGUCAGUGGGAAAAUGGACACUGCCCUUCUUUCUUUGUGUCUGCUGCUUUGUGAUGAUUGGAAUACCAGGCUUUGGGAUAAUGAAGUAGGUUAUCAUUUCCUCCCCCAAAUAAUACAUUAUAAAGUGGAAAUGCAAAUUUCCUGCGGAAGCUGUAAGUAGCAAGUGAUAUUUCCUUAGUAGAUUGUUUUUAAACUUUGGGGAAAUUGGUAUUAUGAGCUGACUUUGGAAAAUUAAAAUAGCAUCAAGGCCCUACAUUUUAAAUAAAUCAAUACCUUACUUAAUUUGAACAAAUUAGAGUGGAAUAUGACAACAGGAAAAGAUGUAACAUAUUUCCCUUUUAUGUAUUAUUUUAAGGUUUUUUAAAAAAUAAAUUUAUUUAUUUAUUUAUUGGCUGCAUUGGGUCUUCGUUGCUGCACACAGGCUUUCUCUAGUUACGGUGAGUGGGGGCUACUCUUCAUUGUGGUGCACUGGCUUCUCAUUAUGGUGGCUUCUCUUGCUGCAAAGCAUGGGCUCUAGGCACGAGGGCUUCAGUAAUUGUGGCACAUGGGCUCAAUAGUUGUGGCUGACGGGCUCUAGAGCACAGGCUCAGUAGUUGUGCUACAUGGGCUUAGUUAUGUUACUCCACGGCAUGUGGGAUCUUCCCAGCCCAGGGAUAGAACCCAUGUCCCCUGCAUUGGCAGGAGGAUUCUUAACCACUGUGCCACCAGGGAAGCCCAUAUUUUAAGGUUCUAAUUCGUUGAGGACAAGAAAAGGGAUAUGGCAGAGCUGAAUUUACUAAUUAAGAGAUUUUUUAAAAAUAAGGAAAAAUACAUACUUUUAAGUUUUACCUUAAACCUUUGCUGUUAACUAAUGCUUCAAUACAUUUAGGCAGUUGUACUAAGAGUUAGGUGUAAGACUGUUCAAACGGCAAAUCUGAGUUGAGCUGAAGGUAAAUACUCCUGUAUUUUUCAUUCAUUUGCUCAGCAGCACUAAAUUUCAAGCUUGUAUUUUGUUCAGCAUCAAAAAAAAGUUAUUUUAUGGUUAUUGAAUUUUUUAAACUCACAUAACCAUCUUUUUGUUUUGUUGAUUGUCUCUGAUGUUUUUCUGUUCUCUAUCUUCACUGUAAUCUUUUUUUAUAUAUUUAUUUAUUAACUUAUUUCUUUGGCUGUGCUGGAUCUUAGUUGUGGCAUGCAGGAUCUAGUUCCCUGACCAGGGAUUGAACCCAGGCCCCCUGCAUUGGGAGGGCAGAGUCUUAACCACUGGACCACCAGGGGAGUCCCUUCACUGUAAUCUUUCUUUUAUUCUGCCAGCUUUGGAUUUAGAUUGCUCUUUUUCUAGUUCCUUAAAGUAUAAAGUGAGCAACUCCCCAUUUCCCUCUGCCCCCAGCCCCAGGCAGCCACCAUUCCACUGUUUGAUUCUAAGAGUUUGACUAUUUUAGAUACCUCGUAUAAGUGGAUAUUCACAUGCAAAAUAAUUAAAUUGGCCCCUUAUCUUACAUCUUACACAGCAAUCAACUCAAAAUGAACUCAAGACAUAAAUGUAAGAUCUGAAAAUAUAAAACUCCUAGAAGAAAACGUAGGGAAAAGUUUCAUUACCUUGGUCUUGACAAAAUAGACAAGUGGGACUACAUUAAACUAAGAAAUUUUCUGUACAGCAAAGGAAGCAGUCAGCAGAGUUAAAAGGCAACCUAUGGAGUAGGAGAAAAUAUUUGCAAACCAUGUAUUCAGUAAGGAGUUAACCAAAAUAUAUAAGGAACUCCUACAACUAAACUCAACAGCAAAAAAACUAAUAACAAUUUAAAAAUGGACUAGAAAAGAAAAAAGAAAAAAGAAAAAGAAAUGGGCUAGAGACUUGUUUUGUGACCUAACAUAUAGUCCACCCUGAAAACAUUCCACGUGCACAUGAGAAUAAUGUAUUUUCUACUGUUUUGGGCUGGAGUAUAAGUCUUCUGUUAGGUCUCAUUGAUUUAUAAUAUUGUUCAAGUCCUCUAUUUCCUUACUGAUCUUCUGUCUGGGUGUUCUAUCCAUUACUGAAAGUGAGAAGUGAUGUUUUUUACUUAUUGUAGAAGUGUGUUUCUCCCUUUGAUUUUAUCAAAUUUUGCUUCAUAUAUUUUAGGACUCUUGUAAGGUGUGUAUAUAUUUAUAAUUGUUAUACUAUUUCUUGAUAAAUUGACUCAUCAACAUGUAAUGUCAUUUUUUGCCUCUUGUAACAAGUUUUGAUUAAAGUCUAUUUU